AUGUCCGGCACACCCAGUGGCUCCCAGGCGCAGCCCACAUCUUCCCAACUAGCCGCCCCCAGCGUCAAUUCCCCAGACUCAUCAACAUCCGACACCGCCAGCAAGCAAUACAGAGAGGCGCUGGAUCUCCUCAAUUUCCUUUCCAAUGAUGUCCGCGCAAAAGUCAACAUCAGUUCACUCAGCUACGAAGAGAAAGGCGGUCUCCGAGACAUAAUCAGCGCCGCCGUCCUCGAAGUACGCAAAGUGCUCGGGUCUUUUGACGGCAAGGACUUCGUGAGCCGGUCCUCCGAGAAGCGCGAGAAGAUUCUGGUGUCGCUGAAGGAACUCAUCUCCAUGUACUUAGAACAUAUCGAAAGCAGGAAUAUGCAGGUUCUUGUUGACCUCAUACCUCCACCCAUCCAGGGUCCCGAAUAUAUUGAACACAAGUCUCCGGAUGUGGUUGUUGUUGACCCCAUACCCAUCCCGGGCCCCGAAGAUUUCAAGAAGAUGUUGGAGACAGAGAAGGAGCAAGAGGAGGAGUCGAAGAAAUGUGCGGCUAUGGCGGAUUUGGUGGUCAGGCAAGUACAGGCUUUGCAUGAUGCUGGGAUGUGGAUUCAGGAGGUACCGGGAAAGGGUCCGAAGGUUGAGACAAAGAGCGAGAAGACGGAGGUUGGGAUCAAGGAGACUGAGGUUGAGAUUGACUCGGAGGAUACGGAGGUUUCGAACGUCACUCACCGGGAUCCACAACACCCGAAGCCCAAGAUGCCAUCAUCAACUGGAGGCCAAGACAGAGCUGCAGAGUCCCCUUCACCAACUGACUCGGAAGAGGCCCAACAAGGAUACGAACAGAUCCUUAAAUUGCUCGGAAUUUGGCAAACGGGUCUCCAUAACACGAUCGGGGCUACCCCUAUCGAGGAACAGAAGAAGAAUUGUCUAUUGGCGGACAUCCAGGCAGUUGUCGAUAAAACCCACACAAAGCUCGGUCCCGGCGAUGGCAGUGCCUACAAAAACAUGAACGUAGAGGAACAGCUGAAACUUGUCAGAGGGCUCAUGGCAACGUGGACGAAGACAGGGGGCGACGUUCAAAAUGCAAUGCAUGAUAUCAUCAAGAAGUGGAAGAAGAAAGGGUCGGACUUGAGGCAAAAAGUGAAGACGAUGACAGAAGAGUUGAAGAAGGAAGAGGCGGACAAAGGCGAGAAACUAAAGAGGAAGACCGAGAGGUUGAAGAAGAGAGAGGCAGACAAGAGGGAGAUAAUGAAGGGGAAGAUUGAGGAGUUCGAGAAGAAAGAAGUAUAUGAUAGGGAGGAAAUGGCACGGAAGGUUCAAUCCCCGUUCGACCAGUUGCGGCUGUCUUCGGAGGAGGUGCGAGAGGACAAUGAGGAGGAGCAGUCUGGUAGGAAUGGGAAUGGGAAUGCUGUUCUGUCUAUGAUGCAGGCUAUUGAAGAUGCGGGUUAUCGGCUUAAGGACUUUAUUUGA